AUGCGCGCAUGUUUUCUUCGUGGAGCAGAGCAUCUGGACUUCGUUCGUUGCUUCAUCGUGGCGCUUUUCAUCGUGGUGCCGGCGCCAGCGUCUCUGAGUCUCAUUCCAAGGCCCAGUGGCUCUGCUUCUCUCAGCACUACAACUUCAGCUGUUGAGAACCUGAAGGGGUUUCAGGAGAAGCUCCCUGCCGAGGCGCCUGCGUAUGCGUGCAGCGUGACCUGUGACGUCCCACUAGAAAGCCAGGUGGAGCUUCGUCGCGAAGGACAGGUUCAAUACCAUGUGGGUAUGGGCAGUGCCGGUCGCAUGGCCACGGAUGACAGGGACUACAUGCGGCAGAAGGGCGUCCUCUACCAGUCCUUCUCGCCUCUCUGUGGCCCGUGUAACCCACCCGACAACAAGGAGCUCUUGACAGGUGCCCUGGUCACUGGCAUUGGGAAGAAGUACAAGAAAACAGGACCUCAGGUUGCAUUGCGCUGGCUGGUUCAACAGGGCAUCCCAGUGAUUCCCAAGAGCCAUGUUCCAGAUCACAUGAAGGAGAAUAGCGAGAUUUUUGACUUCGAGCUGAGUGAGCAGGACAUGACCUUGCUCACCAAAGCUCAGCACCCAGCGGUGGGUGGUGGACCAAGUGCCUCUGACAGCGGCGACUGUGGCAUCGAGGAGGAGCUGGUGGUUUGA